GCAACAUGGACGCGAACAGCUGACACUGUCUUAUCAACACUGAAUUUGUAUAUAGAAUUUAUUACUAGUAUUCGAAUUAUGGCGGCCAUUCUGAAGAAACAGAUCAUAAAACAUUUAUCCAAGUUUGCUAAAAAUGUGACAUCUGAUAAGAUAAACAUCAGCACACUGAAAGGAGAGGGGGAGCUGCACAAUCUUGAGCUAAAUGAGGACGUCUUAAUGGAUUUAAUGGACUUACCAACAUGGCUGGUAGUUACAAAAGCAAAAUGCAACAAAUUAGGAGUCAAGAUUCCAUGGACUAAAAUCAAGACUACUCCUGCUGCUCUUCAUCUUGAUAGAGUUGAGGUUGAGAUGAAGGUAACAGAUGAAUUCCGCUCCUCUACUGAAGACACACCGUUACAUAGUUCUGGAGGGAAAUACAGCCUAUCAGACAGACUGAUUGAUGGCCUCUACGUAAGCGUUAAUGAAAUAUUAAUUGAUUUUAAAUCCGAUGCCUUCCAUGCUUCAGUACUGAUGUCUCAAUUCAGCAUAAGAAGCACCACUCCUGACUGGGAAUUCACAAAUGAUCUACAUGAAACCCGAAUAAAAGACAAAAACAAUGAAGAACUUCUCAUCUUUAAGGAAGCAGAGUGCCAAACGUUACGAGUGAACAUAGAUGCUGUACAAAAUGAAACGACCACGCCUAUUCUAAUAAUAACGCAUGAAGGUAAAAUUCGAUUCGCGAUAAAGAAGAGGUUGCAAGACUGCAUGGUGCUCACUUCAAAGAUUCACCUUGUCCUCACAGAUAUUCUUUUAGUUUUUACCGACACGCAGCUAAAAGCCGCUAUUGAGUUUGUUCAGAUGAUUGUCGAAUUGAACGAGAAAUCACAGGAUUUGGUCAAAGCUGACAUGAACAUCUUGUCUCAGUCCAAGCAUAUGGAGGAAAAGGCCAAAUCAAAGACUCCAGGAAGUGAGCAGAGUGUUCAAAAUGAUCGGUUUGAUAUGUACGAUAUAACUGAAAGUUCUUACCACAUUGCUGUAGAAAUUAUCAACAUGCAUUUGGUUGAUGAACAAAAUAAACCGAAAGUUGAGACUUUCAAAAGAAGAACAGAAAGUGGAGCCAUGAAAUUGAAUAUGAAAAAUGUUGCUGUUGAUAUGUAUCCCUAUCACGUCUAUAAUACAAUCCGUUCUCACUGGCAGAAUUAUAACUUGUUAUCUGAUGCCAUUGAAAAGCGAGAUACAUGGGUAAAACAUCUCUUAGCCAACUUUAGACAGCAAGUGAAAGUUGCCAAGGAUCAGGGGAGACCGUAUUUACAAGAGAUUAUAAACAGCAGACAAGCUAAAGCCGAUUGCUUGAUGACAAGUGCAAACUUCCAAAGUAGAAGUCAACCACAGGUUAGAAGUCAUCAUGUGCAAUACGCUGCAGGUAAAAGGAUUGAUCUGUCAAGUCAACAUACUAGAAGUGACAACCGAAUACAACAACUCAACCAUCAUCAGCACACGUUUCAGUUCCGCCAAGACCGAAAAGGCAGCCCAAGUUAA